AUGAACCACAGUCAAGCCGCAGCCGAAGUCGCCAAGGUCGAAUCGAAGGCAGUGCGGCGGUGGGUGAAGGAGUUUUGCAAGGGCGGCGCCUUCUUUGUCCCCAAACGGCAGUACAACAAGCGGGAGCCGCACUCCUUCAUCGAAGACGAGGACAAGCGCAACCACCUGAGGGAGUACAUCGAUCGCAAGCUGUAUCGGCGGAAGAAGGACGAGCCGCGCCUCCGAAUCGCAGACGUGCACAAAAUCCAAGAAGGUGGGGCGAAAAUGAACCACAGUCAAGCCGCAGCCGAAGUCGCCAAGGUCGAAUCGAAGGCAGUGCGGCGGUGGGUGAAGGAGUUUUGCAAGGGCGGCGCCUUCUUUGUCCCCAAACGGCAGUACAACAAGCGGGAGCCGCACUCCUUCAUCGAAGACGAGGACAAGCGCAACCACCUGAGGGAGUACAUCGAUCGCAAGCUGUAUCGGCGGAAGAAGGACGAGCCGCGCCUCCGAAUCGCAGACGUGCACAAGGAUUGCGUGCGUGUUCGACGGCUCCAGCAGUGUCCGUGCGAGACGCGAAGGGACAAGGGAAGAUGUUCGCACUUCGUGGCGUGUGAGUGCGAUGACUGCAAGCGCAAGCCUGCCGUCGACUCCGCGCAGGUGGCGUUCGACAAGCGCGACCUCACCUCCACGGACGGCAAGGGGGACUACCGCCUGCUGCCUGAUCACCAGGUGCUGUCGCUUUACUUCCACGACGAAACCACUGCGAAGGAGAACGACGAUGGGGACCACCAAUGGGUGUCGACGAAGAAAGGGGCCCCCAUGAAAGUCAAGGGGGAGGGCCGCGCCGCACACAUCUCGGACGUGAUCGGCGUCGACCUUGGCCAGCUGCAGAUCAGCAAGGAGGCGUGGGGCAUGAUGCAGGAGGACAAGGAUGCCGAAACGGGGCGCUCCGGAAAGUACUUCGGCAGGAAGGAGGGCGAGGGGGUACACGGUCACGAGGUGAAGGAGGUUCAAGACGCGGUGGAAGUGCUGAAGACGGCUGCUGCAGAUUGCGCGGUGUUGGAGACAGCCAACGACCCUUGGACGGCAGCUGUCAUCAUGACCGUCGGGCAGCAACACGACCGCUACUGGACGAGCGAUCGCAUGUGCGCCCGACUGCCGGCGAUCAUCGCCAUGGUCGAGCUGACGAGUGGCCCGCACCGGCAGGAUGUCCUCAUCUUCGACAACUCCACCGGGCACAACGCGUACGGCGAAGACGCGUUGUUGGCCCACAAGAUCAACAUGGCGCCGGGUGGCGAGAAGGGAGCGUUGAGGGUGUUCGAAGAUGACAACGGGAACACGGUGGAGAAGAAGCAGAAGGAGCGCAAGAACGGAACGGCACUCGACAAGAAGAAGUUUUCCGUCGGCACCAAGGUCGUGGCUGGAUCGCCGCUGCUUGGCGUCAACAAAGGAGCUGAGCAAAUGCUCCGGGAGAUGGGGUUGUGGCGGCUUGGUGGCGAGAGGAAGGAGGGGCUGCUCCAGAUUUGCAAGAAGUGCAAGGCGAACAACGCUGCGUCACGGCAAGAGAUCACCGCUUUCAACAAAAGGGGGGGAGGAGAGGGAGAGGGUUCUAGAGCAAGCGCGGCGGGAGCAGCAGAAUUCUUCCACCGAGGGGCCCACUACAGCGGGAGGGGCGGCUGGAACGCAACGCGGCAGCGGUGUUGUGCGUAUCGGGUCUUCUCCGACCUGAGGGCUUUGAAGGAGCAGCUUAACAAGGUCGAGGAGAUCUUCAAGAAGGCCGGCCACGCGGUGGCGUGGCUCUACGUUGAGGCUUACGACGACGGCCUGGAGGACUACCUCAAGGACCACGACCUCAAGGACUGGCACACCCACCGAGAAGCCUCUAAGCGGGGGGACGCCAUCGUGGAGGCAGGGGGGGGGGGGGGG